AUGGUGUCCUUAGACGAGAAGGAAGGCCCGUGUCCUAAAAUAGGUCCUGACCACCAGGCGGAAAUUGAUUCGAAUUCAGACCAAUUUUCACUUCAAAUGAAUCCUUAUUUAGAACAAGAUGAGUAUGACAAAUCACUUUCUUCUUCAACUUGUUUGCCCGUCUCAGUCACAUGGAGUGAUGCUGAUGCAGAAUGUUUGGUACUCGGUUUGUUUAUUUUUGGGAAGGAUUUUACUCAGAUUAAAAAAUUCUUAGAGAACAAAGGGAUGGGGGAAAUACUCUCAUUUUACUAUGGAAAGUUUUACAAAUCGGAUGGAUAUCAUAGAUGGUCGGAGUCCAGGAAGUUAAAAGGGAGAAAAAGUGUGAUAGCGAAGAAGCUUUCUACCAAAAUGAGGCAACAUGAUCUAUUGUCUCGCUUGAAUCCUCAUGUCUCUAAAGCAUCACAAGAUAGUUUGUCUAAGGUUUCUAAGUCAUACGUGGAAGGCAAAACAUCUCUAGAAAAAUACAUAUCUUCUAUGAAGUCUAUUGUUGGACUUGGCAUUUUUGCAGAAGCAGUAGGUAUUGGAAAGGAAAACGGAGUCCUUACUCGACUUGAUUUGGAACCUAGGAAGAACAGUUGUGAGGAGUUUUCAGCAGCAGCUUGCAAAGCUUUGUCUUCUCUUGGACCGGGAGAUAUAAUACAAUCUUUAACAGGAGGAUUUCGGCUGAGCAAAACCAGAAGUGAUGAACUAUUUUGGGAAGCUGUUUGGCCCCGCUUACUGGCAAGAGGAUGGCACUCUGAGCAACCAAAGAAUCAAGAUUAUCUAGUUUUUCUUAUUCCCGGUGUUGAGAAGUUUUCUUGGAGAAAACAUUUGAAAGGGCAACAUUACUUUGAUUCUGUUGGGGAUGUCUUGAGGAAAGUAGUAGCAGAACCAAAUAUUAUUGUGCUUGAAGAAGAAGUCGAAGAAGGAGGAUCAAACGAAGAUGAUUUCUCUGACGAUCAUCGUCAAUGUUACCUCAACCCUCAAUCUUCUACAAGUUCGGUGCAUAGUGGAAAGCCGUCAGAUUUAAGGGAAUCGAAAUAUGUUCCUUCUAAUACAGUGCAUAGAGUUGAGGUAGAUGUUGAUGGUAAAAGAUAUAAAGGGAACACAUAUACUAGGAGAGUAAACCAUGACAAGGAUAUGUCUAAAAGCAAUACACAGAGGUCAACAAAGUUAUCAGUUAUUGAUACCAAUAGACUUCCUGAAAGAAAACUACUGAAGCUGAAACAAAAGAGAUAUCCACCUGUUGAAUUGGAAGAUGCUUCUACGAUGAUUACCAAUCUUCUAAGCGAAAGUAAUGGUGGCUCUUCAAUUGAUGAUUCACCAAGGAUGGUGGAAUCUAAGAUUCUGGUGUAUGGCAGAAAGAAAACUGAUAGUUGCAUUGGUGUAUCUAACAGUGGAGUCUCCGUUAAAAAAGAACCACAUGAUAAUCGUGAUAAUGAUGCAAACAGGAUGGUCGAAAGCCAGAAAAAUCAACACACCUGCGUGUUUGAUGAUAGUCAACUGAAGAGGAUCAUAAAUCAUCGGUUAAAUCAGAGAGUAAGAUCAGGUGAUUCUAAUUAUGCCGCUGUUCAGACUAAAAGGAGGAGAUUGACUGCUUGUGCCAAGGCAGAGAAUAGCCGCAUCGUUCAGAAUUUUUCAGGAGGUUUGGGAUCAGAUAAAGUAGGAUUCUCUUGUUCUUCUAGCUUUCUAGAUGCCAACCAAAAUGGAAGUUCAAGCGCUUUAUCAAAAGACAGAAGUAUGGAAGAGAAUAAUGAAAAAAGCAGUCGCAAUGACAGUUUUCAAUGCAUGAGUGUUUCUUGUGUUGAAAUUGAGAAAUCUGAGUCUUUCCCCUCCAGCAUACCUUGGGAAGUAGUUGAGGAGCCUCUGAGAAGACCUUGUGAUGUUGGUUCUAUGGAACAACAGGCUGAUAUAAAUCUCAGGAGACAGAGCAGUAGAAACUGCAAAAUGACAGUCAAAGCAUUGGAAUGUAUACCAUAUAAAUUCUGGCAAAACAAGAAUGACAUCCAGACACACACAAAUAUUUUCAAUCCGUGCCGCAAGGCUCGUACAAGAGGCAAAACAAAGCCGCGUCGUCACUUUUUAGUACAAGAAGGAAAGCACUUGAAGGGAGAUGGCAGUGCUAGCUAA